AUGAAAAGGAUAAGGUACUCCUUUGUCAUAAAAAUUUGCCAUAGCCAUAGACACAGUGCAGGUUUUUGCUGCUAAGUGAAGGUCUGAAAAUGGAAGGGACAAGGUUAGAGAAAUUUGAAGUUGGACCCUGUGAUAAUGGUUACCAAAUGGGUUUCUUAAUAGGUCAAAGAUUUUCAAAUGAGAUAAGAAGCAGAUUAUCAAAAGACCUAAUUCUUCAAAAUCAGCUUCUUCCUUUUGCACAAACCUCACAGUCACAACCAUUGAUUAAAGCUCUUAUUGACAACAACAGAAAGAAAUUUCCAAGCUUUUGGGAUGAGCUAAUAGGGACUGCACAAGGAAGUGGGGUGCCUCUUCUUGAUGUGAUAUUGAUCAAUUUGAGAAAGGAGAUUCUUCCAUUUCUUCCAAAGAAAGAAGAUGGAAAUUCAAAGGUUGAAAGUAGUUCAGAAGACUGUUCUGAUAUUCUUGUGGUUAGAGAUAAUAUGGCAAUUGCAGCACAUAAUGAGGAUGCAAAUGUUGCUCUUCUUGGACACACGUAUUUAAUAAAGGCAAAUUUAUCAAAUGGAGAAUCCUUCAUUGGUUAUACAUAUGCAGGAGAACUUCCAAGUUGUGCAUUUGGGUUCAAUUCUCAUGGACUGGCAUUUACGCUGAACUCAGUACCCCCAUCUGAAGACGAGAUUAUGGCCGGAGGGAUUGGCAGGAAUUUUGUUUCACGGGACCUCCUUGAAGCCACAAGCAUUGAAAAUGCACUGAGUAGAAUACAUUCAUCACAAGUGUCUGUAGGGCACAGUUACAAUCUCAUGGACACAAGAGCACGUAAGAUUUUAAAUGUUGAAACUGCAUCAAAGAAUCGAGUUUCGGUUCAUGAGAUUGGAAGAACACCAUUCUUCCAUGCAAACAUGUAUCUCCACCUUCAAGUUAAGCAGGUACAAGAUGACAACUCCAAGAGCAGGCAAGAAAGAGCAAAUGUGCUACCAAAAGAAUCAAAAGAUGAUUUCCUGUCACUUCUUGGCGACACGAAUGACACGACAUAUCCAAUUUACAUGACAGGUCCAAUGCUACAUACUCUAUGCACGGCCUUGAUAGAUCUGGAUGACCAAACGCUAUCAAUCAUUGAGGGAAACCCGAAGAAAGGGAAGGUUUCCUAUGUCUUCUCUAUGUCUGCAGGAGAGUUGAAAACAUCAACAUAAGAGAUGUAAUAGCCCUGACAAUCGGUUGCUAUUGAGAAUGACUUUUUCCAAAGCCCUUAUGCAGGUUCAUAGAGGCCAAGAACAUGGCCAUCGAUGCAACGUAUAGCCACUACCUGGUUGAAACAAGUUGCAUAAUGUUUUAGACUUGUUGUAAUAACAUUCUCAAAAAUUUUUCAUAGAUGUUCGGAGAUGAAGGUGAUUUACCUUUCCAUGGAUUUCAUA